GGCAAGUCACAACCUACGGCAGACUAUAAAUAGGCCCUCUGUGGCGUGUUUUGGUUAGAUUUCCCCUUGUUGCUACUACCAUCUCAAGUUAUGUCUGGGCGCGGCAAGCAGGGCGGCAAGGCCCGCGCCAAGGCCAGAUCUCGCUCCUUUAGAGCCCAACUGCAGUUCCCCGUGGGCCGAAUCCACCGCCUGCUCCGCAAGGGCCACUACGCCGAGCGCAUUGGGGCGGGCGCGCCCGUGUACCUGGCGGCCGUGCUGGAGUACCUGACGGCCGAAAUCUUAGAAUUAGCAGGAAACGCGUCCCGCGACAACAAGAAGACGCGCAUCAUCCCGCGCCACCUGCAGCUGGCCAUCCGCAACGACGAGGAGCUCAACAGGCUACUGGGCGGUGUGACCAUCGCGCAGGGCGGCGUGCUGCCCAACAUCCAACCCGUGCUGCUGCCCAAGAAGACCGAGAGCCACCACAAGGCCAAGGGCAAGUGAGGAACCUAAACGUCUAGAGAGAAAGAAACCAAAGGCUCUUUUCAGAGCCACUCAGAUCCUCAGUAAAGGCUGUCACAGCGCAGAAAGCUGGGCUUGUGUGGUUCUCUGGCGAGCUUCUUAGGAAACAGCACCUGGAGACGACCUUUGGUUCUAAUAGCGGGUCCUUUCACACUAAGGCUGGAAAGCAGAGGCUCCUGGGAGCUGGCAGCCGCCAGCUUAGCUACUGGAGCCCUUGGGAGAAGGAACAAACGUCCUCUAGCGCUCUAACACCCCGUUCCUGAGCAGAUGUGAGCAGAGACCUUACAUUAAGGCUCAGGUAAAUAGAGCUAAGGGAUGGGUUAGAAUAAACAAUGUUGUAGCUUCCAGGUUAGCUUGUGGCAGUCUACAGGACGAAAGUCAAUCUAACAAGGCUGCGUCCCUCCAAACGUGCUAGUACCAUUCCUAUGAGAUCUUUAGACAGCAGUAAGCCAGGAGUCAGCAAGUCAGUCUCACCAUCUGGUAAAGGGGUCAGUGUAUUUAAUGAUUGACUUCACACACGUGCUUAGUAAAUGAAUUUUCUUAAAAUGUAAAGCAAAAUGUAUCUCAAAAAUGAGCUUGAUGCCACAUGUGAUGGAGAGAAUCUAGUCAUCCUCAGAGGCUGGAAUGUGGCACAUUCUUCCAUCAUAACUUUCUGAAAUUAUUAGGGAAUUUUGGUCCUUUUCAGAAGUUUUAACUACAAAGAAGAGACAUUUUUAGUUUGUUUCCACUGCAAAUACCAAGUCAAAUUGGAAAGUAAAUGAACACUUAGGCUGUCAAAUAAAAAAUUACUGUACAGCAUUCAAGUUUAGCUGAUCUCCAAGAAAAAGAAUCUAAUUGGUUAGCUAAAAAAACAUAUUGCUGGACACUCUACACAGACAUGUAUAGAAGCAGGUGUGAGGAAGGUUUAAAGUCCUAUAAAGUUAAAGAGAAUAAACUAUAUAAUAUGUUAAUUAGGGGCAAUCAAGUAUGAAAUUAUCUCUUGAAUUAAUGUACAUAAGUAUUAAGGCAUACAACUGGGGGAGGCACAAAGGAAGGAAAAAUUUAGAAGAUAAAACUUGCACAGAUAUUGGAACAAAUUAGAUGUUU